CCGAUUCAAUCUCCCAAUGGUUGAUACAUUCUUCCAGAAAUGUCCUUUACUUCCUAUAAAUUUCCAUGGCGUCGAGUUUCUCCCCGACAAGAAAAAAAACAUCCAUAAUCUUGUACGAGGAAGAGAGAAAUUUAACAAACAAGAUCGAAAAUGUCUCACUGCAUAUCAAAAUUCUCAGUCUCCCACCCUUUGGCAUCCCAGAGAGCUUCUUCCAAUUAUCCAUCUUCUUGCAAUGUUUCCAGAGUGAUUAUGGUUCCAGUUUCUGGUAAAAAUGGCAGAACAAGAACCUGCAGAGCCAUGGCUACUGCAGAUAGCAGAGACAGCCUUGAUCACAUGCAAAGGCAAACCAAGACCCAACCUAAAAGGAGGCCUGCCCAAGUUACAGCACCCAUAGGUUUAUGGGAUAGGUUUCCAACAGCGAGGACAGUGCAACAGAUGAUGGACACAAUGGACAGGUUGAUAGAGGACCCAUUGGCAUUCAACAAUGGAGGGUGGUCGUCUUCAUCUUCCCCUGCUAUGCCGCCGGAGAAUGGAGGGUACAGAAGGGGGAGGACGCCAUGGGAGAUCAAGGAAGGUGAGGGAGAAUACAAGAUGAGGUUCGACAUGCCGGGCAUGAGCAGAGAGGAUGUCAAAGUCUGGGUGGAGGAGAAAAUGCUGGUUUUGAAAGCAGAGAAAGCUCCCAAAGAAGAAGAGGAAUGGUCUGCUAAGAGCUAUGGGAGAUAUAGCAGCAGAAUUGCUCUCCCUGAGAAUGUUGAGUACGAGAAGAUCCGCGCAGAGGUUAAGGAUGGGGUGCUGUAUAUCACCAUUCCUAAGGCUAGUGUGAGUGGCAAGGUUUUUGAUAUCAAUGUGGAAUGAAACAAUAAUAAUGGUGGAAAGAAUUGAUCGAACCAUAUAUUAAUAUGAUGAUGUCUGGUUUUUUGUUUCUGGGAUAGAUGGUUUUAAUUUGGA